AUGAAUGAAUUUUCGUUUCCAUUUGAGCCAUAUGAUAUCCAAAUAUCCUUAAUGCGUAUCAUUACAUCAUGUAUUGAAAACGGCAAAAUUGGAAUAUUGGAAUCACCAACAGGCACAGGAAAGUCAAUGAGUAUCAUUUGUUCAACACUUACUUGGUUGGAAAAAUAUGAAGCUGAGCGGAAGGCAGAUCUUGAACAAAAGUUAAAAUCACUUCAAGAAGCUGGAAAUGGGGAUGUAGAUAAUGAUAUCAGUUUAGAUGAAGAAGACUGGUUAAAGGCUCAUAUUAAAAAAUUCAAUGCUAUCGAUAGUGCAAAUGACUUAUUUGCACAAGCUGAGAAUGACAAAAAGAUAGAUGAACGUAUUCAAAAAGCGUUAAAAAAUAUAGUAACUGAACGAAAACGGAGAUCAUUCCAUGCUGUUGAUGUAGAAGAACAACAAAAUAAUGAAGAUGAUGUAAGACAGAAUGGUGAAGAAAAUCUUUGUAACUUGCACUUUUAUUCGUUACAGUUGCUAGGGGAAAGUAAGUCAGUGGAUGAAAAUGUUGCUAAAAAUACAAAAGAAGUGGCGCCAACUUGUAUAAAAAUUAUUUAUGCUACUCGAACGCAUUCCCAAUUGGAGCAGUUCGCGGAAGAAAUAAAAAAAACUCGAUUCAAACCGAGAAUAGUAACGUUAGGAUCCAGACAGCAUUUCUGUAUCAAUGAAUCAGUUCGUGCUUUAAAACAAUUAGGUCUAAUGGUAGAACGAUGCAACGAAUUACGUGAUAACAAAUCCUCAGUAAAGCGAUACAAAGAUGGUGAAAGCAAUCUUGUGAUUAAAGACUCAAAGGGAAGUUGUCCAUUUGCAAGAAAUGAUGCAAUCGAAGAUCUUUGUGAUCAGAUUCUUGCUUCAAAGUUGUCAACUGUAUCACAGUUAGUUGACUGCGGUCAGAAGAUAUCAGGUUGUCCUUAUUUUGCGUCGCGAAAAGCUGUGGCUUAUUCGCAAAUGAUACUUCUUCCAUACCAAAUUUUGUUUCAAGAAGAAACACGCAAAGCAUGGGGAGUUGAUUUUAAGGACAACGUAAUAGUCAUUGAUGAAGCUCAUAAUUUAUUGGAGACAAUAACUAGCUCACAUUUCGUUACAUUUCACGUGAAAGAAAUGAACAUUGUGCUUUCAACAUUGAAACCUACAUUGAUUCAGAUUUGUCUUGCUGAAUAUGAUUUGGAUCAGUUAUUGAAAUAUUUUGAAGAAACUCAUCUGAUCAUCAAACUGAGCAAAUUUUCGAAACGUAUGGGCAUGGUAAAAAAGCAGGAAACUGAUGUCGAUCAUAAGUUUUCAGUAGAACGUUUUCUUCAGUCACAGAACUCAUUAGAUCAGCAUCAAGAUACUUGCGUCCUUAAAGAUUUAGAAAGUCAGUGUUCAUCACCAUCAACUGAGUGUUCAUCACUAUCAACUGAGGAACCCUCAACAGCUUCUGCAUUUUGUGCGCUUCAACUAUUUCUGCGAGAAUUGAGGAUGAGUUACCGUUAUGGGCGAAUAAUCGUGGAAUGUCCUUCUGACAUAGAUCAGGCUAAAAUAAGUUAUUAUCUUAUGAAUCCUGCAUCUCAGUUGUGUGAUUUAAUUGAGCAAUCCAAAUCGUUGAUUUUGAUAGGUGGUACUAUGGAACCAUCGGAUACUUUGAUAGACAUUCUCGCUCGAAGCUGCAAAAUUGAUCCAGAAAAAGAUCUCAUACGUCGAUCGUUUGGACAUGUAAUAGAAAAAAAACAGCUACUAGCUGUAACAAUAACAAACGUAGAUAAGAAAAAUUUGAUUUUUACUUAUGAGAAGAGGGAAAAUCCAACAACUUUAAAACUAUUAAUGACAACGCUAACACAAAUUGCUGAAGUAGUUCCUCAUGGAAUGGUCGUUUUUUUUCCCAGCUAUUCCUUUUUAGACACGUUUACUCAGAAACUACCUAUGAAUCUUUUACAGAAAGUCAAGCCUCUAUUAAUCGAAAAAAGGAACAGUCCAAAAACAUUAUUCACUAAUUUUGCAAAUCUGGCUCGUACUAAAAGGGGUGCCUUGUUGCUAGCUGUAAUCGGUGGCAAAUUAAGUGAAGGUAUCAAUUUUUCGGAUGAAUUGGGACGUGCAGUUGCUGUUGUAGGAUUGCCUUACCUGAACAGCUCUAGUAUUGUUUUGAAAGAAAAAUUGAAGUUUAUGCAAAACGAGUAUGGUCCUAAGAGUGGAGCAAAGUAUUAUGAAGCAAAGUGUAUGCACGCUAUUAACCAAUCCAUUGGUCGCGUGAUCCGUCAUCGUAAAGAUCAUGCAGCUAUUGUAUUGCUUGAUUUGCGAUAUGAAAAAGAACAAGUGAUCAGAUGCCUACCAUGUUGGAUUCAAUCACAGUUACAUCAUGCAAUGGAUUUAAAGAAUGGGGUAGAACAUUUGCGAAGAUUUUUUAAGAGUAUGAAUGAAUCGAAAAGUUGA